GUGGGCACAGGAUGGUGGCACUGCUGGGCACAGGUAGGUGGCACUUCUGGGCACAGGUGGGUGCACUGCUGGGCACAGGUGGGUGCACUGCUGGGCACAGGUGGGUGAUCUGCUGGGCACAGGUGGGCGGAGCUAGUGGGCGCACUGCUGGGCACAGGUGGGCGGAACUUGCGGGUGGCACUGCUGGGCACCGAUCAUCAGGGCACUGAUCAUCAGUGCCCUGAUGAUCGGUGCCGAUCCCCGCUCUGACAACUGCCGGUUCUCGGCAGUACUUUCCUCACGAUCUGACAGCGUGAGGAAAGUGCAGCCGAGAACGGGCACUUGCAU